AUGAAGUUGGAUAUAAAUACUUUAGAAACGCAACUAAUUAUUGAAGACUGGUUUAAUAUUAAUGAAGAUAAUGAAAACGAAACAACAAAAAAUUUAACUUCGUGUGUAUUAAUUGAAAAAGUUGAGGGAAAAAUUCAAAAGUGCAAAAAUACAGAAAGUUUUCGAACAUUAUGGCAACUUGUUGGAACGUGGCAAAUAGAUAGUGAAAAAAUUUUAGAAGUAGAUUGUGAUCUAAUUUGCGAACCAGCCUUCGAAGAUAUUAAAAAUUUACGUUAUAUCUGUUCGGAGUAUUAUGAAUUGGAAGGUGGACAUUUUCAUAUAAAACCUGGUAAAGGAAGAACAUCGGCAACUUGCUUUCAUGAUCAAGAUGUUAAAAAAAAUUUAGAAAUAAUUGCACAUUGGUUACUUUAUGUUAAAAAUAAUAAAGAUGAAGAAUAUUAA